AUGUGCGACCGGAAGGCGGUAAUGAAAACUGUAGACAUGUCGGAAGAGAUGCAGCAGGACUCGGUGAGGUGCGCAACGCAGGCGCUGGAAAAGUACAGCACAGAGAAGGAUAUUGCGGCCCAUAUCAAGAAGGAGUUUGACAAGAAGUACAACCCCACCUGGCACUGCAUUGUGGGCCGGAACUUCGGUAGCUACGUGACGUAUGAAACCAAACACUUCGUCUACUUCUACCUGGGUCAGGUGGCCAUUCUUCUGUUCAAAUCUGGGUAA